AGGAUUUGACGCCUGGAGGGGCGAUGACGCGGAGGGACGAGGCUGGACCCAAAGGGCCGCGUGGCCCUGGAGGCGAUCGGCUGGUGCUCGACUGGUUGGGGUUACUAUGUAUAGUGUCUUUUGUCAGCUGCCAUCUCAAUAGGCAUGAUCGGGUGUGGCAGGACAAGAUGACAAUGCGGAUGCGUAAGAGAGGUAGAUGAUCGACGAGGAUGAAAGAGACCCUGAAGACCUGGUGGACAGUGGACAGUGUAUAGUAUUGAAUGAACGUGGGCUGGGGAAAGUGGC